AUGCUACAAGGCUUUUCUAGGAAGGAUCAUGCUACCGAGUUGGACAUGACUUUGCCUUGUCGCGAUGUCGAUCAAGGAACUCAGGAUAUGUGGGCAAUGAGCGAAAACGAUUCGAAUACUGCGGGCACGAUAAACGCUCCGAUGGAAUUACAUCCAUUAGUCGAAAAGUAUCUCUCUGAGAUAGGAGAAGUCCGGAUGUAUCAAGAAAGGCUCGGCGAACUCUUGCUCGAACAUGCCGAAGUAACCGGACGAGAGGCUUCAUUAGCUCUUGUAAAUAUGUCUCUUGACGAAGGCUCUCGAUAUUUCCUUGACAAUUUCGAGUCACAACGUCUCGAGCUAGAGGAAAUAAUAUCACGAGGAAUGAGUACUGCUGCUUCAAUACGUGAACAAUGCGAAAAAGAAGGUCUAUCGCUUCCGACAAAUCUGCAAUGGGGAGUCGAAACAGAACUAGAUAUUGAUAUCAAAGAAGGUCUUCCUCAGGAUAGAGAUCUGUUAUGGCGCUCUGAGCUAGAUGAACCUUUCAACUUUUUCGAGCAGGCACAAGCCAGAGAUUUCAAUAUUUACAAAUUCAUCGACGGAUGGAUAUUACAUCACUUGAGGCACUCAACGUCUCAGAUUUAUCGAUACAAGUCGAACCCACGGCUUCAGGAGCUGAAUAUGGACGGGGAUGAGCUCAGUGACUGGGUGAUGAAAUUGUGGUUUCGGGAUGAUGUGUCGAAAAGCCUUCCCUUUGGGGACAUUAGUAGGGAGCAGUAA